AUCUCCACAACCAUGACCACUACUUUAAACACCAGCAGCAGCCACCAUGGCCACCAGGGCCACCACCACCACCAAAACCGGCGCCCUUCGACUACAAGCGCAAGUCCUACACGAAGCUCCACCUGAGGUUCGACUUCCUCGAUCCGACCUACCUGCGGAUGAACCCCAACUCGAAGGUGGUGGUCGUGGAGGGGAACAUGGGCAGCGAGAAGGCGGCGCUGGCGGCGAAACUCGCCGACGCCCUCGGCAUGAAGUACUUCCCCGAGCCGCGCAUCGAGGACUACUACAUCAACGACCAGGGCUUCGACUACCGCACCCUCAACCAGUACAUCCACCCGAAGCUGGCCGCCCUCGACGAGAAGGGCUUCUACGAGAAUCCGAAGCACGAGGCGGUCAGCUGGCUGAAGGUCUUCUUCUACCGCCAGCGCUACUGGCAGUACAUCGACGCCAUGAUCCACCUGCUCAGCACCGGCCAGGGCGUCGUCCUCGAGCGAUCCCCUUUUAGCGACUUUGUCUUCGCCGAUGCGAUGUACAAGACGGGUUGGCUGCCGCGGGACACCUACGAUUACUACUACCGCCUGCGCUACAACACCGCCCACCAGCUGCUCCGCCCGCACCUGAUCGUCUACCUGGACACGGACGCCGACGUGGCGCUGAAGAAGAUCAAGGAGCGGAAUAUUCCGUACCAGGUGAACAGCCCGGUGAUGACACGGGAGUACCUGCAGGCAAUCGGCGACGCCUACAAGGAGAAGUACCUGCUGGACGCGGCCGACUACUCGGAGCUGCUGGUGUACAAGUGGAACACCCCGGUGGAGGACAUCGACGACAUGGUGGUGGACAUUGAGAAGCUGCAGAUGGACGACUGGGACAUGGAGGGGACGAAGUUCAAGGACUGGAACUUCUACUGGAACAGCCACUGGGCGGAGACGCGCUACAACUACGUGGCGGGCAAGCUGGAGAUGAUGGGCGACUUCAUUCUCACGCCCAUCUACGAUGUGGACAGUCUGCAGUUUGACCUGAACGACGGCGAGCACCGGGAGCUCGUCUACGAGAGCNUGGAACUUCUACUGGAACAGCCACUGGGCGGAGACGCGCUACAACUACGUCGCGG